AUGAAUGGUAAUUACAUUGUGACCAUUGACCCAAUAAUUCAAACCAAAGGUUGUAAUUAUUCCUCAAUGUUGCAAAUAGCAAUCAGUGAACCGUUUAGCGGUAAAUCAACAAAUAUAUCAUUCAGUUAUUCGCAGUAUCAAAUGUUCAACACUACAAAUCCAUCUAACGUAGAUGUAUUACCUUUGGAAUCAGAUAUCAUUGUACGACCCAGUAGCAACAACAUUCAACCUCUGCUUUCAACUAUCUAUAAUGUCAUUUCCACCGUAAACUCUUUAUUCACUUAUGUUGUGCUAAACUCACUCACACAGAGUUUCUCAAUUCCUACGAUGAUUGGAUAUUCUUCAGUGACUGGAUUUUCAAAAUACUUAUAUCAAUCACCAAUCCAAUCAGGUGUAUAUAUGACUCAAGAGUUAUACUCUUUCAAAGAUGUUUUGCCUUUAACUAUGCGUAUUUCCCCAAUGAAAAAUAUAACCCAAAUUUUGAACAAAGAUUUGAUUGUAAAAACUCUAACAGAGAGAAUAAUAGAUGGAAAUAUUUAUAGUAGUUCAGAUUUUACACUUGGUCAAUCGGAUUCAUUCAAAAUCAAAUACAAUGAUCAAACAGUUCAAUUCAAAUUCCCAUUAGGUUUUGGAAAAGGAACAUUGAAACAAUAUAAUCAUAUCUUUGAUUAUCCAUUUUCAGUUUAUACACAAUCGAUGACUGCUUCACCAUUAUACCAAUCACAAUCGAUCAAAUCCAAAACCUAUAUCAAUCCAAUUCCACAAGUUGGUAAAAUUUUAGAUAAAACACCACCUUCUUUAACGAGCAUAAUUAUAUUAGGUUUUUCAAAUUACACUUACAACAUAGUAGUUGAUGCAUUUGAUAUUGAAAGUGGUAUUUACAGUAUCACAAUAUCGGAGGACUAUGAUCCAAGAGAUGAGAAAACAAUCACUCUUUUCGAAUCUGAUUUGAGUAAAGGUACUUUGUGGAAUGGAACAUUCUCCAAACAAGUUGUUCAAACUGGAGUCAAUCAUGAUAGUUCUUACAGCGUCGUUAUAGAGUCUAGAUCUGGUUUGAAAUCAGUUUAUAAAAGUUUAUCUUUUAUUCCGAAUCAAAUUGGAUAUCCAAUACCAGCUUUUCCAACCGGAUAUUUUUGGACAGCAGAUGAUAUUAUCAAUUUCAUUUCCGUAAAUAUUACCAACUCUACUCCAGUAGCAAUCUAUACCAAUAAACUAUAUAUCAAGAUUAACAAGGCAUAUGCAAGUGCUCUUAUUCCAAGAAUUCAAUUAAAUAUCCUACCUCCAAAUCUAUCAAAGCAAAGAUUAAUUCUGUUUGGAGAAUAUAUAUCAAGUGGUGCAUUUCAAGGACUUCAUGAGUUCACAGUUCCAUACAUUCCUUUUACAUCUAGUUUUGGUGAUAACAUUGAAGGUUUAAUUCUUGGUGACCGGGACAUUCCCUUAAAUCUCCUCUACAUCCAAUUCUCAGCCUACACACUUAGGGUAUCCUCAAGUACAGAUAUUAUCAUGAUGCCACCAAUAUUUAAAUCAAUCAAUAUCAAGUCAAGUGAACUAGGAUUACAAUUCAAUGUUACUUUUCAAUGUUUUGGUCAAGUCGAUUGUGAAAAUACACCAGGUGAUUACGAUCCAACUCCUUUGGAACUAUCUUUUACAGGUGUAACAGGAUAUUACCAAAGUCAAUAUGUUUUAUCUCAGACAACAACUUGCCGAAGUCAAAACUACACAGUGGUAUCAGCAUAUCUUACCGAUGGAUAUAGAGAGUCAGAUUCAGAGUAUCCAAACUUAAUAAGUCCUUUCUUAAAUAUAUACCAAAACUCAAGAACCACAUUCUUGAAAUGUUCAACAGCAACUCCUGAUAUCAUUGCACCAGUUUUAAACAGCUUUUCAAUAUCCCAAACCACCAUCAAUGCAGCCAUUGCAAAUACAAUUAAAGUGAGAGCAAUUAUUUCUGACGACAGAAAUUUCAAGUAUGCUCCAAUGUUAUAUUACACCAGUCUACAUGGUUAUAUAGAUUCAGUAAAUCAAAAUGAUAUGACCAUAGAAACGAUCAAUGAUACAUGCAUUGAUAUCACCUAUACUUUAUAUAUUCCAAAAUAUUGGGGUUCUGGUAAUAUAUCUUUGUCUCUUUAUGGUAUGACAGAUGGGUACGAUAACUUUAAUGGAUAUUCAACUUAUGACCUCAGUAAAUUCAAUCAGUCUGUUAUUCAUAGACAAUAUGAUGGCGAACCACCCAAUCCAACCCCUUCAAUUCCUCAAGAACCAACUACAUCUCCUCUACCAUGCACCAAUCAAUGUUCAAACAAUGGUGUAUGCAUCCUAAACAAUCAAUGUAAAUGCAAUUCAGGAUAUUUCGGUCCAAAUUGUGAAGGUACUUCAUUUGCCAUUCCGAAACCACUUCCAGAUCCAGAAGAACCGAGAGUGAUUUCAGAUCCAAAAUCAGAUAUCAAUCUUGAAAUUUCAAUUGAAGAAUUGGUUGAAAUCGAUUCUUUGGAAGUUAAAUGGACAUUGAUGACAUCGAAUAACAACAAUACAUAUAAAUAUUCAUUACCAAUCAACAAUGAAACUAAUUUAUACAUUCAAAUCGAUUGGUCAGACCAAGAGAGAAUCAUUCAAUUUGCAGGAUUAAACAUUACAAUUGCACCACACAGUUUGAAAUACACGAUUUCACUCGACCAUUAUUCAUUCAAAAUCGAAUCUCAAUUAUCUUCAAUUGAGAAUUGUUCAUCAUCGAUCGAAACAUCAGGAGACAACAACGAUUUGGAAUGGAUCAAACUUCAAUACAAUGGAAAGAUUCUUUAUGGUAGAUUCGUUCAAAUUGCAUUGGUCGAUGGUCAACCACAAAAAGCAUCGACCAAGUUGAUCGAAUCCGAAGAAGAAGGUGGAUCAUCUUAUUUUGGAAUUAACAUUCCAUUUUUCGUCAAUACAGUCGUAUUAGAUCCCGAUUUCUCAGUGUUGGUAACUGAUCAAUAUAAUAAUUGCAAAGAUGAUACUGUUUUAUCUACUGGUGCCAUCAUUGGAAUUGCUGUUGGUGGUGCUGUCUUUGUAAUCCUGUCACUAUCUACCUUUAUGAUAUUAUACAAUAGAACUAGAAGAACUAAAUUAUUAUACAAAUUAAGAGCUCUCAGGGGAUCAAAAUCAACAAAAUCCGUAGAGUUACAAUAA